CUAGCCUAUCUUAAUUAAUUUAGCACUCGCUGUACGUACCUCGUAGAACGGUGCGUGCGAGUAAUAAAGAAAUUGAUCCAAGAUCCAUGGAGGACAAGAUGCUAGUGGCUCUAGCUCUGGGCCUUCCCGUGCUCGUCGUCGUGCUGUCGAAGCUGAUUUCGUCUGCCGUGAAGCCACGGCCUAACCUUCCCCCGGGGCCGUGGACGCUGCCGGUGAUCGGCAGCAUCCACCACCUCGCGAGGAACCCGAACACGCACAGGGCGCUGCGCAGCCUGUCGGAGAAGCACGGGCCGUUGAUGCAGCUGUGGCUGGGCGAGGUGCCCGCGGUGGUGGCGUCGACGCCGGAGGCCGCGCAGGAGAUCCUCAGGAACCAGGACGUCAAGUUCUCCGACCGGAACGUCAGCACCACCGUCGCGGCGAUCUCCUUCAACGCCAGCGACAUCUUCUUCUCGCCCUACAGCGAGCGGUGGCGCCACCUCCGCAGGAUCUUCACGCAGGAGCUGCUCACCACCCCGAGGGUGAGGUCGUUCCAGGGCAUCCGGGAGGACGAGGUGGGGCGCCUCCUGCGGCAGGUGGCGGCGUCCGCCGACGCUGGCGUCCCCGUGAACCUGACCGACCGGAUCGGCGAGCUCGUCAACGACAUUGUGGUGAGGUGCUCCAUCGGCAGCCGGUGCAAGUACCGGGACGAGUUCCUGGACGCGAUGAACACCGUCAAGACCCAGCUGGUCUGGCUCACCCUCGGCGACCUCUUCCCGUCGUCCAAGCUCGCGCGGAUGCUGAGCUCCGCCCCGCGCAAGGGUCUCGCCAGCCGCAAAACGAUGGAGCGCAUCAUAGGUGAGAUCGUUGAAGAGCACAAGGACCAAAUGGACGACCCGGCUCAGGCUGCCGGGAAGGACUCCUUCGUCGACGUCCUCAUAAGGCUCCAGAAGGAAGGCGGCACGCCCAUCCCAAUCACGAACGAAGUCAUCGUCGUGCUUCUGUUUGACAUGUUUUCUGGGGGUGGUGAGACAUCAUCAACCGUGUUGGUGUGGAUCAUGGCAGAGCUCAUGAGGUCACCAAGAGUAAUGGCAAAGGUACAAGCAGAGGUGCGUCAAGCCCUCCAAGGAAAGGCCACCGUCACUGAGGAUGAUAUUGCUGGGCUAAAAUAUCUAAAGAUGGUGAUCAAGGAGACACUACGAUUGCAUAGCCCUGCACCCCUCCUAGUUCCCCAUAGAUGCCGUGAGGCAUGCAAGGUCAUGGGUUACGAUGUGUUAGAAGGCUCAUGCGUGUUCGUGAAUGUGUGGGCAAUGGGCAGAGAUCCUAAGUACUGGGAGGAUGCCGAGGAGUUCAAGCCUGAAAGGUUUCAAAAUACUGAUAUAGAUUACAAAGGAAAUGAUUUUAUGUUCCUUCCAUUUGGCGCUGGUCGUAGAAUUUGUCCAGGCAUAAACCUUGGGGUGGCCAACAUGGAACUACCACUAGCUAGCCUCCUCUAUCAUUUCGACUGGAAGCUGCCUAAUCAAAUGGCACCCAAGGACCUUGAUAUGCAAGAGACACCUGGAAUGGUUGCAGCUAAACUCACAAACCUAGAUAUCAUUCCUGUCACCCAUGUUGCUCCACCGGCCAGUGCGUAAAGUCCAAAGCUAGUAGAAAUGCAUACUCCACGUCAACGCAUACAAUAAAUAUUUAUACUUUGCAGUGUAAUAUCUAUACAUAUUGACGAUCUUGCCGUCAUAAAUGUGUUUGUAUGUCUACUAUAUAUGUAUUAUUAGUGUGUUUCCUGAUCAGACCGGCUUGUUUUGUGUAGUCACUGCUGCUACAAUAAUUAAUAUAUGAUCUACCCUUGGUGAAAUAUAAUGCUUC